AUGGGGAUGAACUUCUCCAUCAGGAUUGGGCACGCCAUCGAGCUGGACGUGAAUGUGUCGUUCCCUGGAACAGAAGCCGAGGAGGUCGGGGUUCUGUCCAUCGGCGGCCCUAGUCGUUUUACCCAAGAUCAAUAUGUGGGAAGCGCAGCAGGAUCAACCUUUGCACGCAUCUUCUUCAAGCAGCUUAACCUGAGGGCAUCGGAAAGGAGCGGGGUGGACUUGGACCCUCUACCAGAUACCAUCGGCGCCUCGCUGCCAUCGUGGGCAACCGCAAGGUUCCUUUUGUCACGAUACAUUGCUCGGGUGCAUACAUGGUGGCCAUUCCUGCAGCUUCCAGGGCUUCGGCAGCUCUUCCAGUCCAUGUAUGGGAACCAUAGGGCGACCAGCAGCGAUGAUCGCUUCAUUGUGUUCAUGGUACUCGCCCUUGCCAGCAGUGCAUCGCAGGACGACCCCGAGUAUGGCGCCCUCCUAGACAUGAACGAGCCCAGGGCUUACUUCGACACUGCUCUUCGCUUCUUUGUGAGCUUCUACGACCAUCCGCGAGAUAUUUUUGGCAUCCAGGCCGUGCUUCUACUCUCGAUUUGGAUGCUCAGUUCAUCCUCCAGCAGUCACUGCAACGAUCUCUGGCACUUGAGUCGCUAUGUCAUGUCUGCAGCGAUUGAGAGCGGGUUGCAUCGCCACAAUGCCGCUUGGGGCUUUUCUUCCGACGAGCUGGAGACACGCAAUCGCACUUGGUGGUGCAUCUACGUUCUCGAGAGACAGGUUGCUGUGUUGACAGGCCGAGUGCUCUCCAUCCGGGACCACGCCAUCCAUGCGCUGCAACCGAAGCAGAGUAGCUUGGAUGUCUUGAGCGAAGGUGAGGCCAGCGUAGCUGCUGUUUUUCACAAGCACAGUUUUCGGCCCUUCGAGCUCAUGAUUCGUCUGCGUCAGUUAGCUGGCCGUGUGCUCGAGUCAGUUUACAUCGGCCGUGGACCGGACGGUAAGGCAUACGCAACGUCGUUCCAGCAGAUCUAUGCGACAUCAGAAGAGUCACGGCGCGAGUUGAGCCAGUGGAAGUGUGACCUCGACAACUCUGAUCUAAAACCGUCGAGAGAAUAUUCCGAGUUGAAAGUCGAGUAUAGUCUUCUUGUGUUGCUGGUCAACCGACCCAGUCCCACGUUCAUGGUACCAUCAACGGCCAUGAUGACUGCGUGCUCCAAGGCUGUGUCGAGUACGAUCAACAAACCCAGUCUGAGGCGAUACCAAGAGCUUCUGCAGAAGGUGAGGUUCACGGUGUACGACAGCCACCAGCGGCGCAGAAGUAGCAUGACGCAACCUCUGGCGCAGCAUGAUACUGGGUCAACGCCAAGUUUGGGUGGUCUUGAUAUGAACAUGGACACCUUCAGCCAAGGUGAUCAAGGCUUCGAGGCGUACAUCAACAACGUCUCGACGUUCUUCGACGAAGGCACCCUGGAUCUUGACCCAGCGCUGAGUAUAUGGUACGAUGCAAUCCGUGAAGAGAUUUGA